CAUUGUAAUUGUUUUACGAUUUUAAUGUAAAUAAAACUUUAAACCCGAACACGUAUCAAAGCGCUUAAUGUAAACAUUUAACGUAUUUGGCAAUGUUUGAAAUAAUUAGUACAUUUUACAUGGGAUAAUUUCAACUAUGGGGUUUGACAAAAACAAAGGACCACCGAUUGAAAAAGAAGAAUUAGAUUCCAAAAUCAAAGAGAGUGAGGACCUAUCGCUGAAGUUUGAAUCAUCGCUUAGCAACCAGGAAGCAGAGCGAGCUGCAUACAAGAAACUCACAGCAGAAAAUGCAAGGCUUCAAAAACAUCACGAUGAUAUGAAAGAGAAAUUUGAAGACAUGGAAAGAGGCCACAUGUGUCUAGUAGCGGAAGUGGAAUCGCUACGUACGGUCAACCAAGAACAGUGGGAUACAAUCCUAAAACUGAAGUCAAAUAUAAAGUUGUUGAAGGAGACUCAGGGAGGUGAUGAAAACAUUAAAGGCAUGCAAGAAAAGUUGAUUAGAAUGUCAAAUGAUCAGGAAGAAAAAAAUAUGCGUAUCCAAAGUUUAGAAGGUGAAUUAAACGCCACACGAGAAAAACUGAAGGACGCUGAAUCUCGUGCUGCCAGAGAAGGAAAUAAUACUGCUCAUAAUUCUAAAGCUUGCGUAGUGAUGUAGGCAGUUUGAACGAUGCGCAUUUAACGUUAGUAAAUACCGUGUCUCCCUGAUCCGCACUAAAUAUCAGUGUUUUCCAUUUCGAUUGUCCGCCGGCAGUCGAUAGAUACUAAUAAACUUUGAUAAUGUGGCAGUUGAGUCCAAUAAGUCCAGGGAUGUUCAAAGAUAAUCCGUCGUAGAUCUAUUAUAAAGCAAAUAUGGAUUUACCUGUAUUGGAAAAUAAACAGUGUCCACUGGAUUUAGGUCAACUGCCACAUUAUCAAAGUUUAUUAGUAUCUAGUCUUUUGUUUAGAAAUACAGUAUGCAUCAUAAUAAAAGUGCAUUGCCCCUCAAAUCUGAUUUACAGGAGACAGCAAAUUUAAAUAAUUAAAAUCAGCGCGAAAUGCGCGGAUCUCUUUAAUCAUGGGCAAAUAUCUCGAAAAUAAGCGCACGGACAUAUACAUUUUAUUUCUCCAUGUUAUAGGUCCGGCAUAUGUUUAUUUACGACUGUGAGAAGUUUCAUAAAAAUUUACAUUGUAGAAACAAUUCUAUUUUGGAAAAUGUUAUCAAAUUUGUGAUUUAAUUUAAUUUAAUUAAACAAAUUUAAUUCUACAUUGUAGAAAAGAUUUUGAUGCAAACGUGCAGAACUACCUUAAUAUGUUUUAAUCUUUUAAUUACCUUUACCGUUUCCUUAUAAAUAACACAUUUAUAAUAGUACAUGCUACUGGUAUCAGCGAUACACACGGGAAAUAUUCCAAAUAUAAUUUGUAUUCUA